AUGGGAAAGGGGCUGGUGGUCACGCCCACCAAGGGGAAGACCACCAAGAACGUGCUACUAAAAGGCAGCAGUGAAGGGGACCCUCUGGGGUUCCUGGGGUACUGUCCUCAGGAGAAUGCGCUGUGGCCCAACCUGACAGUGAGAGAGCACCUGGACGUGUUCGCUGCAGUGAAAGGGCUGAGGAAAGCAGAUGCCACGGUCACCAUCACACGGUUGGUGGAGGCGCUCAAGCUGCAGGAGGAGCAGAAGCGCCCUGUGAAGGCCUUGUCAGAGGGAAUCAAGAGAAAGCUGUGCUUCGCGCUGAGCAUCCUGGGAAACCCAUCGGUGGUGCUGCUGGACGAGCCGACCACGGACAUGGACCCCUUGGGGCAGCAGCAGAUGUGGCAGGCGAUCAGGGCCAGCUUUAACAACACUGAGAGGGGCGCCCUCCUGACCACCCAAUCCAUGACCGAGGCAGAGGCCGUGUGUGACCGUGUGGCCAUCAUGGUGUCCGGGAGGCUGAGAUGUAUCGGUUCCAUCCAGCACCUGAAGAGCAGAUUUGGCAAGGAUUACCUGCUGGAGAUGAAGAUGAAGACCCUCGCCCACGUGGAGCCCCUGCACAGCGAAAUCCUGAGGCUCUUCCCCCAGGCUGCUCGGCAGGAAAGGUACUCCUCCCUGAUGGUCUAUAAGUUGCCUGUUGAGGAUGUGAGACCUUUAUCGCAGGCUUUCUUCAAAUUAGAGAUCGUUAAACAGAACUUCGACCUGGAGGAGUACAGCCUGUCACAGUCCACCCUGGAGCAGGUCUUCCUGGAGCUCUCCAAGGAGCAGGAGCUGGAGGACUUUGAUGAGGAAGUUGAUCUCUCUGUGAGGUGGAAGCUCCUCCAGCAGGAAGAGCCCUAAAGCCCCAAAUGCCCUGCAUUGCCCUUUAGGCCUGUGACUCUUCUUAAGUUAACAUUUUAUAGCAUAAUGAUACCUUAUCUCAGACACGGACAAGGUACUUUUGAAACGAAUGUUAUGAUUUUUUUCUCAAUAAUAUCACGGUGGGACUAAAGAAGCCAGGCCAUGCAGCCUCUGGACCAGCAGCCAAAUUCCAUAUUUAAUGCAGUAGCAAACACAAAGAAUACAUUUAGUAUAGAAUUGUUUAUGUUUAUGAGAAUGAUGCAGGGAUUGCUUAAUUUUUUUCUCUGUACUUUAAAAUAUGGGAUAUUUACAUAUCUUUUUUAUUAUAAUACAAAGUAAGACAAUGUUGAUUAUAGGGGGAUGGGAGUCAGUUGAUUACAUGUCAGCACAUUCUUUGCUUUUUGUACUUUAAUUUUUUAAAUUAAUUCACUGAUUUUCCUUUCCUGUCAUUUUUAGGAUUUUAGAUUUUAGAGUCUGUGUUUUGCCUAUUGUAACUAUUAAGGAAAUUUGAAACCCAUUAAGAUAAAUAAUUGCAGUAAGAUAUUGAGUAAUCAAGUUGAUGAAAAAAUACAUACGUUUACAUACAAUUUUGAAACAUAUUUCUGAUUUUAUGUUGGCUUAUGAUGCCAGGGUCCAUCCUGAUGCAAAGCACUAGAACUUCAAAGAUCUUAAUUUCCCAUGUCUGUACAUGUUGUGAUUUAUUCAACUGGUAAUUCUAUAAACACCUUAAAAUCAA